UAUUUUAGUUUCUAUCUAAGAUGUAAUCGAUUGACAUAAAUUUUCUUCAUAUAAAAAUUUUUUUAUUAAAAAUUACUAUAGAAAGUAGGAGAUGAAAAGACAGGCAUGGUUCCUGAGUAAGCUGAUUCUAGUGGAAAUCAGACAUUAAACUCCUAAGUGAAAACCAGUGAAGAUAAGCCUCAGGGUCUGGGAACCCUACCUAGGAGACAAAGUCAAGGUAAGCUUUUCAAAGGAGUGAUGCUGAAACAAAAUCUGAAGAGGAGCAGGAGUUCCCACGCGAAGAAUGCUCCAGGACUGGUAACUGGACAAUGUGAGGGCUGCAACCAGCGAACGAGGCCUGCCUGCGGAACCAAAAAACGUUCAGACUGGCAGACGGAUGGUCAAGGUAGCGGUCCUACUUUGGCCCAGUAAAUGCAGAUGCCCAGGAGGGGAGAGUGGUGAGGAAGAAAGACCCGGAGGCACUCCUGCCCUUGAAGAGGUUGCCCACUGACCUGGAAACAGACGCCUGUGCCAUGAACCAGCCAGCCCCCGCCGCCCUGCUUCCGCCCCGGCGCGUGCGGCUGAAGCCCUGGCUGGUGGCCCAGGUCAACAGCUGCCAGUACCCCGGGCUUCAGUGGGUCAAUGGGGAAAAGAAAUUGUUUUACAUCCCCUGGCGCCACGCCACGCGGCACGGCCCUAGCCAUGACGGAGAUAACACCAUCUUCAAGGCCUGGGCCAAGGAGACGGGGAAGUACACCGAGGGGGUGGACGAGGCUGAUCCGGCCAAGUGGAAGGCCAACCUGCGCUGUGCCCUGAACAAGAGCCGUGACUUCCGCCUCAUCUAUGACGGGCCCCGGGACAUGCCGCCUCAGCCCUACAAGAUCUACGAGGUCUGCGCCAAUGGCCCGGCUCCUGCAGAGUCACAGCCCAGUGAGGAUAAUGCUGAGGAGGAAGAAGAGGAAGAGCUCCAGAAGAUGUUACCAGGCCUGAGCAUCACAGAAGCAGUGCAGCCCAGCCCUGCCAUGGCACCCUAUUCUUUACCCAAAGAGGAUGUCAAGUGGCCACCCACUCUCCAGCCGCCUGUGGUGUUGGCACCCCCUGCUCCAGGCCCCAACCUGCUGGUCCCUGCUCAUGGCAACGCCGCUGACUUUGGGGAGGUGUUUUCUGAGGUCCUGCCGAGCUCACACCCGCAGCCUGGGCCCCUGUCUACCAGCCUGCCCCCCGCAGCUGAACAACUCCUGCCUGACCUGUUGAUCAGCCCCCACAUGCUGCCUCUGACUGACCUGGAGAUCAAGUUCCAAUACCGGGGGCGGCCACCCCGGGCUCUCACCAUCAGCAACCCUCAAGGCUGCCGGCUCUUCUACAGCCAACUGGAGGCCACCCAGGAGCAGGUGGAGCUCUUUGGCCCGGUGAGCCUGGAGCAAGUGCGCUUCCCCAGCCCUGAGGACAUCCCCAGUGAGAAGCAGCGCUUUUACACCAACCAGCUGCUGGACGUCCUGGACCGUGGGCUCAUCCUUCAGCUACAAGGCCAGGAUCUGUAUGCCAUCCGUCUGUGCCAGUGCAAGGUGUUCUGGAGCGGGCCCUGCGCCUCAGCCCAUGGCUCGCACCCCAACCCCAUCCAGCGGGAGGUCAAGACCAAGCUCUUCAGCCUGGAGGACUUUCUCAAUGAGCUCAUCCUAUUCCAGAAGGGCCAGACCAACACCCCACCUCCAUUCGAGAUCUUCUUCUGCUUUGGGGAGGAGUGGCCUGACUGCAAACCCCGGGAGAAGAAGCUCAUUACUGUACAGGUGGUACCCGUAGCAGCCCGGCUGUUGCUGGAGAUGUUCUCAGGGGAGCUUUCUUGGUCAGCUGAUAGCAUCCGGCUACAGAUCUCAAACCCAGACCUCAAAGACCGCAUGGUGGAACAGUUCAAGGAGCUCCAUCACAUCUGGCUGUCUCAGCAGCAUCUGCAGCCUGUGGCCCAAACCCCUGCCAUGCCAGGCCUCAGUGCUGCACAGGGACCCUGGCCCAUGCACCCAGUUGGCAUGCAGUAAGGAGGCUGCAUGUAGUGACUGGCCCAGGUUUCCUGGGUGGCUAUGCGGAGAUGUGGAGGGCGAAAGUUCCCAGGUGGCACCUGAUGAGCAGCAGGGUCCUAUCUUGGGGUCUCCAGAAGCAGAUCUGGGUCAUGAAGAAGAGGGAAAAGAGGCCUGAGAUCCAGGUUCUCCUCAGAAGCUGAGGGAAGCUGGAAGCCAGUUUUGCUUUGAGGACUCUGUCUUCCUGCAUAUGUCUCUCCUGGACUGGUUCUGGGGGAACUUGGCCAUCAGCAUCAGUGUGGAGGGAAGGAACUCCGCCAACUCAGGGGGCCUAGUUGUACAGAGGGAGUUGCCCCAGAGCAGUCCCUUCCUGUGGCUGCCUCAUUUCUUCUGGCAAGAAGAGCCAAGUGCUGGGGGUCAGACCUCCCUGGCAGGUCCUCUGCAGGGCAUGGGCCUGAUUUUGGAGUUCCCUAGCUUUAGUGUUGAUCCCCUGGGGGAGGAAAUGGCAGCCUACUCCAGUAUUCUUGCCUGGAAAAUCCCGUGGACAGAGGAGCCUGCUGGGCUACAAUCCAUGGGUUCAUAGUCAGACAUGACUGAGUGACUGAGUGCGCAUGCGCACACGCACACGCGAGCACACACACACACACACACACACACACACACACACACAGCUUGAGCCUCAUUUCCUCACAACAUCCAGAGACAGAUUAAGUAUUACACCAGAUACUAAGUCUGGCACCUACCUCCCUUGAGAAACUAAGAACCUGGGAUAGAAAGGGGACAUUUAUGUAUUUUUGGAUUAAUAAAUAUUAAAAACAGA